CCAAUAAGAAUGAGGAAUCUACUCUACACUGUAAACAAGGAACGUUGACUAGUCGCUGCUUAAUCCAUCACGUUCCACAAGAAAACUCAGAUUUCAAAACCAAUCAAAAGACCAAAGUUUUGAUUUUUAUUUUUCCCUUCGUAUACUACUAAUCUUCAAUGCGGUUCCUUAAUCCAAUUCGAUCAAUUUACAUCGUGGAGUUCUAGAAGUUUUGAAAUUUGAAAAGGGUUUAGCUUUCUUCUGAUCACUUGAUCGAUUAUAAAUCGACUAUUGAUUUUUGUUCUCAGUUUUCAUUUCACAAUUGGUGCUAUCUAUGGAAUUCUCAGUUCCUCUUUUCUGCUUCAAAGUUUGCUUCAUCUACUAAAUCGUUUUUCGCAUAUACCCCAAUUUGAAAACAUGAACUCCUCAUCAAGAUUUGUUUUCAGACCCGUAAAGCCGGAUAAAACUCAAGAAGUGUCCUCUUAGAGAGUCGCAGAGGCGAAAGAAAAUUUACAAAAUUCAUAAUGGUUCAGAAGCUUGAACUGAUCAAAGGUGGGGGAGGAUCGAUAAAAAUAGGAGCAACAGGAACAGUCGCAACUCUAAUGACACGAGAGCUAGACUCCAUGAAACAACCUUCGCCUCAGACUCCCACAACGAGACCUAUUAGAACAACAAUCCCUGUCUCAGUAGACUGUGGCACAUCUUCUUCAACUCCAAGAAGAACAAAACCAAGAAAAUCAUCAGACGAAGCUAGCAGCAGCAGCAAUGUUAACAAUGUUAGAACACCAAAGGGUCACAAUGCCAAAACCACCCAUCAGCUUUCAAUGCUUGGCUCUGAUAAUGUCAGAACACCAAAGGGUCACAAUACAAAAAGCACUCAUCCGCUUUCAAUGCUUGGCUCUGAUAAUGUUAGAACACCAAAGGGUCACCACAAUACCAAAAGCACUCAUCAGCUUCCAAUGCUUGGCUCUGAAAAUGUAUCGUUGCAAGGAACCCCGAGAAGAGAGAAGAGAAUGAACAUUGUGGAGAUUGUGGAUGUGAAAUGCGGGAAUCCAGAUCGAGCUUGGGCUAAUCCGAUAACUAGUAGACUCAAGAAGCUUGGAUUCUCUAAACUCAAUGAGAGCAUUGGUUAAGAGCUCUGCAAAACUUUGCCAUAUACUCUGUGACACAUCUGGUUUGUAAAUCGGGUAUGAACCGGUUUAAACCAAAUCACAAUGUAAUCUUUCUUUGUCAAACCAACAAUGUAAUUGUAAACGAAGCUACAUUGGUCAUUCACAUUCAUUUUGUUUUUGGCA